ACAGAGUUGGCUUCUUUAAUCUCUUCACUGCUCGUCUGCUGCUGCAUGUGUCUCCUAUUUCCCAUCCCAAUUCCCAUCAAAAUCAAAUCAGAAUCGGUUUGAAGUUUCUUGUCCAAACAUUUAAUUUAUAAUUAUAUCAUUAAAUUUAAUUUGACAAUGUCGUUCAGUUCUCUUAAACUUAUAAAUGUUUCGUCAAAUCUACUAAAACAUACAAAAAAUGGGACAGGAUUUAAUACUAUUCGUUCGGGAUCAUGGUGGGCUGGUGUGCAGAUGGGUCCACCAGACGCCAUCCUUGGUGUCACAGAAGCCUUCAAGAAGGACACCAACCCAAAGAAAAUCAAUCUUGGUGUAGGAGCCUACAGGGAUGACCAGGGCAAUCCCUACGUUCUUCCUAGUGUUAAGAAGGCCGAAGAAAUAAUUAUGGCCAAUAAACUGAACAAGGAGUACUCGACCAUCAUUGGCAUUCCAGAAUUCUGUAACGCUGCUAUAAAACUUGCCCUGGGUGAUAACAGUCCUGUGAUUGGUGCCAAAAGAAACGCAACGACACAAACGCUGUCAGGAACAGGUGCACUGCGCAUUGCUGGCGCGUUUCUGGAGCGAUUCUUGCCAGGCACCAAAGAGAUCCACCUGCCUACGCCCACUUGGGGAAACCACAUCCCCGUUUUCCAAGACUCGAGACUGACUGUCAAGAGAUACCGCUACUACGAUGCCGGCACAUGUGGCCUUGAUUUCAAAGGAAUGCUGGAAGACAUUUCUAAAAUUCCUGCCAAAUCGGUUGUCUUAUUACACGCAUGCGCUCACAACCCGACAGGAGUCGAUCCCAAGCCAGAGCAAUGGAAGGAACUGUCUGCGUUGAUCAAAUCAAAGAAUCUGUUCCCAUUCUUCGACAUGGCUUACCAAGGCUUUGCUUCAGGUAAUGUGGAUAACGACGCAUUCGCUGUUAGGAUGUUCUUGGAAGAAGGCCACGACAUUAUCCUCGCUCAAUCUUUCGCCAAGAAUAUGGGACUGUAUGGUGAGAGAGUUGGAACAUUGACGGUAACCGGGCAAAACGAGGACGAGAAGAGCAGAGUGAUGUCGCAGCUGAAAAUCCUGAUCCGGCCGAUGUACUCGAAUCCGCCCAUCCAUGGAGCGCGCAUCGUCAAUGAAAUACUCAACAGCCAAACUCUCAGAGCCAGUUGGCUAGAAGAAGUGAAAGGAAUGGCAGAUCGCAUCAUUGGAAUGAGAACUGCGUUGAAGGAUAAUCUGAAAAAAUGUGGAUCGCAAAAGGACUGGAGCCAUAUUACUGACCAGAUUGGGAUGUUCUGUUUUACUGGUCUCAAACCGGAGCAGGUUGAGAGGCUAACAAAAGACUUCAGUAUAUAUUUGACCAAGGACGGACGUAUCUCUAUGGCCGGUGUAACGACAGGAAACGUUAAAUACUUGGCCGAAGCCAUGUAUGAAGUAACUAAGUAGCAACUUACUGAAUUUAGUAAAUUUACUAAUUUACUUUAGUAGGAACCAAGGUUAUCUUCAAUGGAACAAUGAAAAGAUAUAUUUUUAAAACAUAUUGUAAGUUUCAUACUAAUUCCAAUAAGAUGUCACAAUCGAAUACCUUAGAUGCACUCCACUAUUUUGAAUCCAUGAAGAUCCAAAAAUUUUCCUGAAAAAGAUCGAAUAUGUUUCAAGUCUUCAAUUGCAGAGGAAAUUAAUCAUUUCUAUGUUUUAAAGGUAUAAUGUGAAUCAAUCGUGUAGCUUAUGUUUAAUUAUUUUCACAUACGUAAUCAAGUGUUUAAUUAGCUAUCGUUAUUUAGUAUAUUGUUACAUUAGGAAUCCCUGGCAUCCUCUCUAUUUAUUCUUAUUUAAUUCUGUUGUUUUACAUGGUUUUAAUCGAUAUGUUCUAGUAUUUACUAAUAGUGAACCGUGCCAUUGUCGUAUAAGCUAUUCCAUUACACCUUGAAGAUACAAAAAGGAGUCACAAUUUAUUUAAAUACAUUUUUCUGAGGUUCAUGAAUAUACUUUAUACAAAUAAAAUUAUAAUAUAAAUUAUUAGAAAGAAAACUUUUCCGAAUUCUAACAACAUUUUCAUAUUAUCAACCUUACUGAUAGUUAUCAACAUUACAUUUCAAUAGAAAUUUUAUAUAUAGCACUUCUAUGAAAAUUCAAUAAAUAAAAUAAUAUGAACCACAAUUUAAACUUUAUACUUGAACAAAAAUUAUGGGAAUGGUUCCUUUGACGUCUUGUAUGUAGGAUGAUGGUUUGAUUAAGUAGAUUGACUAUUGAUAUAAGCCAAUGAUUGCCUUAGAAAUGAUACAUCCCGGGAUUUUGAAAAUUCACAAAGAAAAGUUCGUUUAGGAAAUAGCCUUAUUUUUGCUCUAAAAAUUCAUUCACAUAUUUUUCAUAUGCUAUUCAUCUUCUAAUAUGUAUCUCACGCUAUUUUACAUUACUUUUCUGCAUUUGCUAUUAUUUGAUGAUUUUCUGAAAAUCAACAAUUUUAAAUCUACAAUUAUUAUCAUUCUAAAUGAAAACUUUUGUAAAGUGGUGCUUAUAUUAAGUAAUAGAAGAGCGUGUUAGCCUUGUUAUCAAUAUGAAUAAGUUUAGAACUUGACAGUUUAAUGUUUGAUUAGUUAGUAUUAGAAGAAAUAUUUCUUUUCUUUAUGUAUUAGUUUUUUCUCUUCUCUUAAAUUUUUCUUCUCCAAUUGAACUCUAUUGACUUGAGAUGAAAAUGUAACUAUAACAAGAAGUGAAGUUUUUGAGUAUCCAAUAAUUUCAUGUUAAUGGAUAUUGGAUGGUCCAAUUGCAAUGAUAACGUAUAGGUGUACUAAAGAAACUUUGAUUUUUUUAGCAUAUUAUGAUGAAAUAAGAAUGAAAUGUAUCCUCCACUUGCCAGUGAUUCACAUAUUGAUACGUUUUUUCUAUGAAAUCGUAUUUUAUAUUUCUUACUAUAGAACUUGACUUUCACUGUACCGUCUAUCAUUCAAAUUUUAUGUAGUAGUGCACAGUAUUUUUCGUAGAAGAUAAUAACAUUCCAUUUAACGUAUAGCAAUGCAUCAACAAUCGACAUCAACAAAAUAUUUUUUUAUUUAUAUUUAUUAUUUUACAUAAUUAUUCUUUUAAAUGCUUUGAAAGCUUGUGUUGAAAUUUAUUGUUCUAGGAAUUUAUAAAUUCAUUAUUAUUGUUAUAUACUAUUAGCCGAUAAUGUUAUUGUUCAAACAAUAAUUAUUGUUUCAAUUAUGUUUCAAGUUAUCUGUUCGAACUAUGUUGCGAUAUACAUAAAUGUAUUUUAUUCAUAUUUUUAUCAAUAAACUAUUUUUUGAAGAAGACUU